GUGAGAAGUUUCUGAUCGGUCAGUGAACAAAAAGCAGAAGCAGCUUCAACCAUCAGAGCCUCGACAUGAACGUCAGGUACACUUUGAUCUGCAGCUUCUUCCUCUCUGUUGGCAGUGCAAAGAUCCUCGUCUACUCAGCUAAUGAAGGAGGAAACAUCACCGUCCAAUGCUCCCUCUCGUCUAUUCAAAGCAGAAAGUUCUUCUGUCUGGACAAAUGUACAGCAGCAGAUAUUCUCAUUGAAACGACAGAGAACUCAGCGAGGAUUGGCCGAUACAGCAUCAACUAUCAGAAUCAAGGUUAUCAAAAAGUUCUGUCAGUGACCAUCACACAGCUGAGCAAGUCUGACUCUGGAACGUACCAGUGUGGCAGCGGCACAUUUCCCAGGAUGGAGAAGUUACAGAUCAUCGUCACUGAUGUUUAUCUGGACAGAAGCUCUGAAGUGAAACCGCUCUAUAAAAGAAGUGGAGAGAACGUCACUGUUGAAUGUGCCUUCACUAACCCUGGAACAAUGAAAACCUUCUACAGAGAAGAAGGUGGAGAGAAAAUGAACAUGCUCGUCCAAACCACUGGUGACAAACAUCACAGAGGCAGAUACAGCAUCGUCUUUAUAACCGGCUCCAAAAGAAAAGGAUUCGUGUUUGUGACCAUCACAGACCUCGUCACGUCUGACUCAGGACGGUACAGAUGUUCUGUGGGCGGAGAAUCAUACAGACACUUUGACGUCAUUGUCAGAGAUGAAUCCACAAGUUCACCAGCUUCACCUGAAACAACCAAACCGUCCGAGACACAGCCGGUGGAGACGACAGGGGCUGAUGCGUCGUUCUCGACCAACGACGUGAUGCUGCCUGUGGGACUGACGCUGGUCGUCAUGGUUGUCCUGUUAUCAGGGGCUGCACUGAUAUUCUGCAGAAACAGGACUAACAAACCCAGAGAACCUCCCGUGGAGCCACGUCGUGCUUCUGUCCCUGAGCCCGGCUCAGUGUACGAGGAAAUCAGAGGCGAGGGCCGAGCUCCUCCUGCUGCGGAAAUCUGUCCAGUUUACUCCAACGUCACGUACAACACAACACAACCAGUCGGAGCCGGUGAGGACGACAACUCUGUCUCUGCUGCUGCUUCUCAACACGAAGCUGACGACAGAUCAGGUUCACUCACCUACACUCAGGUGAAUUUUCUCAACCCGACCGCUCGCUCUGCCAACAGCGCCCCCUCUGGUAACUGUGAUGAGGUUGUUUAUUCCGUCGUUCAGAAGAUGACCUGACUCUGGCCACUCCUCUCUCAUCGGACGACAGGAUGUCCGACAAGCUCCGGAGAGUAAUCUGAAGUUUGUGUGAACUUUUUUCUCAGGAUUAUUUUAGUUAAAUAUUAUUUAAGUCGACAUUGUUUUAUUUAAGUUUAUUCUCGUUCUGUUCUUUUUGCUCAAGAGCGUCAGGAUUCAAAUAUUUAGCUCAAAUCAAGAAUAAUAAAUGUGAAGUACUACUUCCUGUGUGAUGUGGUCAUGUCUCGUACUUGUGAAAGUUCUGUUGCAGGUCAGUGGAAACGCGA